AUGCAGCGUGUCAACAAAGGCAGCUUUCGUGUGCUGACCUACACAGGUGUCCAUACGUUCCCCCACGCGGGCCCCAAGAGCCCUGCAGAACGUACUGCAGAACUUCGUGUUGUUAACGACGUCUUUUGGAUUCGUCUUUGCACCAUGGGAGACCUCGGAUUUGCUGAAGCCUAUAUGUACGGCGACGUCGAGUGUGACGACUUGGUCUCUCUGUUCCACAUAUUCUUAGACAAUAGGGAUAACCUCUCCAACAUGAACUCUAAAGCAUCGUAUCUAUUCACCUUACCUCAAAAAAUUACAUCAUAUCGAUUCCUCAAUACCAUUAGCAACUCUCGUUCCAACAUAUCAGCGCACUAUGAUAUCUCGAACGACAUGUUUGCCGGCUUCCUAUCCGAGGACAUGACUUACUCAUGUGCCAUUUUUGAAGACCUUGAUGGUGACCUGAAGAGUGGUGCUGAUCAUCGGCUUUUUAGUGGUGCUGAAGGCCUUCAGCGGCUGAGCUCUGAGGAGCAAAUGCCCACGGAGAUCAUAAACGAUCGCCUUCUUAUGUCUGAGAACGAUCCGCUUUACCGUGCGCAGAUGCGUAAGCUCACUCACAUCAUCAAAAAAGCGAAAAUUAUGCCGGGUCAUAGAGUGCUCGAGAUUGGAAGUGGCUGGUGCUCCAUGGCGAUUCUCAUUGCUCAGACUAUACCUGAUACGACCGUUGAUACCUUGACGCUGUCGGUAGAGCAACAAACACUGGCACGUCAACGAAUCCAGGAAGUUGGUCUACAAGAUAGAAUCUCGGUCCAUCUGAUGGACUAUAGAAACAUGCCCGCAGAGUGGGAAGCAGCGUUUGACAGAUUCAUCAGCGUUGAGAUGAUAGAGGCCGUGGGAAAAGAGUUUUUGGUAACAUACUGGGAACAAGUCGAUUGGGCAUUGAAGAAGAAAGGAGCUGUUGGCGUUGUCCAGGUUAUAACAAUACCAGAAGCUCGAUUUGAACGUUAUAUGCGCGAAGUUGAUUUUAUACGCAAAUGGGUAAGUCAUUACCAGGGUGAAAGUUCCCCGCAGCUAAGCUCACGAACCGUUCAGAUUUUCCCCGGCGGGUUUUUGCCGACCCUGGUUCUUCUCUUUGAAACCCUGCAAACAGGUUCGAAUGGGAGCCUCAUCGUAGAUUCAGUCAGCAAUAUCGGACCUCAUUACGCACGAACGUUACGUGAAUGGCGGAAACGCUUUCUUCUGGCCUUUGAAAGCAAGAUUGUCCCUGCGUUACAGAGACAGUAUCCCGACGUCAUGUCCGGUCCCAAUGGCAGGUCUCAGAUUGAAGUCUUCAAACGAAAGUGGAUAUAUUAUUAUUGCUACUGCGAAGUAGGAUUUACCACCCGUACGCUAGGCGAUCAUAUAAUUUCCUUUACACGAGAAGGAUGCCAGGAGUAUGGGUGUGAUACAUACGAGUAGCUGAUGUAUAGUGAUUAAUUUGAUGAACACCAUUUAAGACGUUGCCAU